AUGUGCAGGAUUGAGAGGACUGAGAAAAAGUGUGUUGAAAUUGGACAAGGCAGAAGGAGAGAGAAGAAAGAGAUGCGAGGACGGUUGGUGAAUGGAGUGGAGAUAGUGAAGAAAAGUUUUUCCAAGUCUAAUAUGAAGGUCUGGAUGUUUCGCGCAACAACUUCCGUCUUGCUGUGGACCUGCAUCGUUCAAUUGACCACCAUCGGCGAGCUGUGGGGGCCUAGGGUUUUGAAAGGAUGGCCUUCCUGUUUCUCCCACGAGUCAGCUUCCCUUUUGCAGGAGAAGCUUCCGGGAGUUCCAGCUCGCGUUUUGCCUCCCAAGAGGGUCUAUAGAAACAAUGGAUAUCUUGUGGUUUCUUGCAAUGGAGGCCUGAAUCAAAUGAGAGCCGCGAUAUGUGACAUGGUUGCCAUAGCAAGAUACUUGAAUGUCACUCUUAUUGUCCCAGAGUUGGACAAGACAUCCUUCUGGGCUGAUCCCAGUGAGUUCCAGGACAUAUUUGAUGUUGAUCAUUUCAUCACAUCACUCAGAGAUGAGGUCCGAAUAUUGAAAGCCUUGCCUCCCCGUCUUAAGAGGAGAGUGGAACUAGGGAUGAGUUAUUCGAUGGCACCAAUUAGUUGGUCAGAUAUAUCCUACUACAGCGACCAGAUUCUUCCUUUGAUACAGAAGUACAAAGUCCUUCAUCUUAACAGAACAGAUACAAGACUAGCAAACAAUAAUCAGCCUCUAGAGAUUCAGAAGCUACGUUGUCGUGUGAAUUUCGGUGCUCUUAGAUUCACUUCUCAAAUAGAGGAGCUGGGUAGAAGAGUUAUAAGACUUCUCAGGCAAAAUGGUCCUUUCUUAGUACUUCACCUGAGAUAUGAAAUGGAUAUGUUGGCAUUUUCUGGUUGUACUCAAGGCUGUAAUAUGGAAGAAGUGGAAGAAUUAACAAGAAUGAGAUAUGCUUAUCCUUGGUGGAAAGAGAAGGUAAUAAAUUCCGAUCUUAAAAGGAAAGAUGGAUUGUGCCCUUUGACCCCAGAGGAGACUGCCCUUACUCUGAGGGCACUGGAUAUUGACCCAAGCAUGCAGAUCUACAUAGCUGCUGGUGAAAUAUAUGGCGCGGAGAGGAGAAUGGCAAGCCUUGCAGCAGCUUUUCCAAAGCUGGUGAGAAAGGAAACACUCUUGGAACCAUCAGAUCUGAGGUUCUUUCAGAAUCACUCGUCCCAGAUGGCAGCGUUGGAUUAUCUCGUUUCAUUGGAAAGUGACAUAUUUGUGCCCACCUAUGACGGAAAUAUGGCCAAAGUUGUUGAAGGCCACAGAAGAUUUCUUGGGUUCAAGAAGACGAUAUUACUGGAGAGAAGGCUAUUGGUAGAUUUGAUAGACCGGUAUACGAAUGGGUCACUGAGUUGGGAUGAGUUUUCGGAUGCGGUGAAGGAAGCACAUGCCACAAGGAUGGGUAGCCCAGGAAAACGGCUAGUGAUCCCAGACAGGCCUAAGGAAGAGGAUUACUUCUACUCCAACCCUGAAGAAUGCCUGCAGCAGUUGGGCGAGCCGCUUUUUAGCAGUAUGCGAUGA